AUGGAGGUUUUGGCAAUGUUGUCGAUACUUAUUAUUUCUUGUGGAGUAAUCAUCAUCGUAUCUUUGUGUGCUGCUGCUUGGAAUUUCUUGAACUGGGUGUGGUUUAGGCCGAAGAGGAUCGAGAAGUGCCUGAGGCAGCAAGGCCUCCAUGGAAAUCCUUACAGGUUCUUCUUCGGAGACUUUAAGGAAAUUAUGAGGUUGCAGAAAGAUGCCAGGUCGAAGCCCAUGAGUUUUUCCCAUGAUAUUGUGCCUAGAGUUGCUCCCGAAAUCGAUCAAUCUCUCAAAACAUACGGUAAGAACAACUUUCUAUGGUACGGGCCAAGACCUGCAGUGAUUGUCCAGGAACCUGAAUGUAUCCGAGAAAUUUUUUCGAAGCUCAGCAUUUUCCAUAAGCUCCCAGUUCCAAAAGUUCGAGAUUUGUCGAGAGGAUUACAUAUCAUGGAAUCCGAGAAAUGGGCGAAACAUAGGAAGCUGGUCGCACCCGCCUUUCACAUCGAGAAACUUAAGCACAUGAUUCCAUCCUUUUACUUGAGUUGCGCCGACAUGUUGAAAAAAUGGGAUGACAUUAUCCCAAAUGAAGGGGCGUGCGAAUUGGAUGUGUGUGGUUAUCUUCUAACUCUUGCGAGCGAUGCAAUUUCGCGCACUGCCUUUGGUAGUAGCUACGAAGAAGGAAGAAAAAUAUUCGAACUUCAAUUGGAACAAGCCCGACAUAUCAUGGAAACACGUCACUCAGUUUACAUCCCCGGAUGGAGGUUUUUACCGACAAAACAAAAUAGAAGAAUGAACGAAAUAAACAAGGAAGUAGAGUCGACCGUGAUUAGCAUCAUUAACAAAAGGAUAAAAUCUAUGGAAGCCGGGGAGGGUAGUGGAAAUGACUUACUUGGUUUGCUACUAGAAUCGAACAAGAAGGAAAUCGAACAAGGGGGAAGUAAGUUUGGAAUGAGCAUGCGAGAAGUGGUUGAAGAGUGCAAACUUUUUUACUUCGCCGGGCAAGAUACAACCGCGAAUUUGCUCGUUUGGACUAUGAUUCUAUUGGGGAAGUACACGGAUUGGCAGUCUCAAGCAAGAGAUGAGGUUCUACAGAUCUUUGGAAAAAGAAAACCCGAGUAUCGAGAGUUAAACCGCCUCAAAAUUAUUAACAUGAUACUUCAAGAGACUAUGAGGUUAUAUCCACCGGGAAUCAUACUUCAUCGAAUAACUACAAAAGAUAUCAAAAUAGGGAACUUAACUCUACCGGCUGGGGUGCAACUUAUAUUGCCAAUCAUUUUAUUGCAUACUGACGAGAAGAUAUGGGGCGAUGACGCAAAGGAAUUUAACCCGAUGAGAUUUAGCAAUGGAGUUUCCAACGCUACACAAGGCCAAAUGACAUAUCUACCAUUUGGAGUUGGGCCUCGGAUUUGCUUGGGACAAAACUUUGCCAUGGCAGAAGCCAAAAUAGCGAUAGCGAUGAUUUUACAACGUUACAAUUUCAAGUUUUCUCCGUCAUAUUCGCAUGCUCCUUGCACGGUGUUUGCUCUUAAGCCUCAACAUGGUGCACACUUGAUGCUCGAGAAGCUAAAGGAUUGA